AUGGCAACGGUGAAACUGGUGAAAGAAGUAGGGGGAUACAAAUUGGGCAGUCUAAUAAUUGAAGGAAAAACUAAGCAAGUGUACGAUAUUCCAUCUAGCCCGGGGAAUUGCAUCUUAGUAAACAAGGAUAGAAUAACAGCUGGAGAUGGAGUAAAAGCCCAUGAUUUGGUUGGAAAAUCCAUUAUUUCCAAUAAAACGAACGCAAAAGUAUUCGAAAUUUUAAACAGUGUUGGCAUAAAAUCAUCAUUUAUAAAAACAGUGUCUGACAAUGCCUUUCUGUCAAAAAAAUGCGACAUGAUUCCCAUAGAAUGGGUAACGCGUCGCUUGGCUACAGGUUCCUUCUUAAAACGUAAUCCAGGAGUCAAGGAAGGUUAUCGCUUUAGCCCCCCCAAGCACGAGACUUUUUUCAAAGACGAUGCUAAUCACGAUCCCCAGUGGUCAGAGGAGCAAAUUAUCUCCGCAGAGUUCAAGGUCAACGGAGUUGUGAUUGGUGAACAUGAGGUGGAAUGGAUGACAAAAACCUCCAUAUUAGUAUUUGAAGUUUUAGAAAAAGUAUGGCAAACGAGAAACUGUGCUUUGAUUGAUAUGAAAAUUGAAUUUGGAGUUGACAGCACAGGUGAACUUAUGGUAGCUGAUGUCAUCGAUUCAGACUCGUGGCGCCUUUGGCCUUCCGGCGACAAACGGCUGAUGGUCGACAAACAAGUAUACAGAAACCUAGCCCAAGUCACAGAUAAAGAUUUAGACACUGUAAAAAGGAACUUCGAAUGGAUAGUCGACCAAUUGGAUCAUCUUAUCCCUCCAAACAACCAUAUUGUAGUCAUUGUUAUGGCCAGUAUGGGUGACAAGGAACAUGCUAAUAAAAUUAAAAAGUAUUGUGAAGAAUUUGGACUAAAUGUAGAAAUCAGAGUUAGUUCUGCACAUAAAACGACUGAUUCUACAAUCAAUAUUGUAAGUUAUUAUGAAAGUUUGGGCAUUCCAUUGAUAUUUAUCGCAGUAGCUGGUAGAUCUAAUGGACUUGGACCUGUUAUAUCUGGUAACACUGAUUAUCCUGUCAUUAAUUGUCCUCCAGGCUCGAGAGAUGAUUUAUCUAGAGAUAUUUGGUCCAGCGUCAACGUGCCUUCUGGGUUGGGUUGUACAACUGUUAUUUAUCCAGAAAGCGCUGCCUUGGCUGCAGCUCAAAGUAUUGCAAUGUCAAAUUAUAUUGUUUGGAGUAAACUUCGUAUUCGAAGAUUGGGAUUUUUUGAAACUUUGGGAAAAGCUGAUAAAAUAAUGAGGAAUUAG